AUGACUGAUUGGCUUGAAUUAGAAAGAAGGUUGCAAAAGAAUCAGACAAUUGAUGCAAGAGCACAGGUACAAUUGAACAAAGAAAAAGAACACUGGAAACAUGUGUUACAUAGGAUAAUUGCUAUUGUGCAAAGACUAGCAAAAAAUAACUUGGCCUUUAGAGGAAGUUGUGAGAAGCUUUAUGUUGAAAACAAUGGUCUCUUUCUGCAAAUGGUUGAAAUGAUUGCUGAGUUUGAUCCAAUAAUGAAUGAGCACCUUCGGCGUAUUAAAGACCAUGAAACUUAUACUACAUAUCUCGGUAGCAGAAUUCAAAAUGAAUUGAUAGAAAUGUUGGCAGGUGAGGUAAGAAAGAAAUUACUUGCAAAAGUCAAAAAGACAAAAUACUUUUCAGUCAUCUUAGAUUGUACUCCAGAUAUUAGUCAUAAGGAGCAAAUGUCUCUUGUCAUAAGGUGUUUGGAUGAGUCAGAAAAUUCAACAAAAGUGAAAGAAUACUGGAUAGAAUUUUUAGAGGUGGAUGACACUUCUGUGCUUGGACUUUUUACGCAUCUUAAGGAUGCUUUAAUCCAUCUUGAGCUUGAUAUUGAUGAUAUACGAGGUCAAGGAUAUGACAACGGAUCUAACAUGAAAGGGAAACACAAAGGUGUACAAAGAAGGUUGCUUGAAAUAAAUCCCAGAGCCUUUUAUACUCCUUGUGGUUGUCAUAGCCUUAAUUUGACAUUAUGUGAUAUGGUGAACUGUUGUCCUCAAGCUAUGUCAUUUUUUGGAGUAAUACAACGCAUUUAUACAUUAUUCUCCUCUUCUAUGAAGAGAUGGAGAAUUUUUAAAGAUCAUGUAAAGGGUUUGACAGUUAAGUCAUUGUCACAAACACGCUGGGAAAGUCAUGUUGAGAGCGUGAAACCUAUAAAAGAACAAACUGUCCAAAUUAGAGAUGCUUUACUUGACUUAACAAAUGAUAUUGAAGAUCCCAAAACAAAAAGUGAAGCAGAGUCCUUGGCAUUAUAUGAACUUGAGAAGUAUGAAUUCUUACUUGGUGUGGUCAUUUGGUAUAAGUUGUUAUUCACAAUUAACACUGUGAGUAAAUUUCUUCAAUCCGAAAAUAUGGAUAUUGAUGUUGUUAUCAAACUCUUGCAAGGAAUUAUUAUAUUUCUUGAAGAGUAUAGAGAAUCUGGUUUUGAUAAGGCAAUGGUUGAAGCUAAAGAAAUGGCAAGUGAAAUGGGCAUUGAAGCAGUAUUUCGAGAAAAGCGAGUUGUUCGUAGAAAAAAACAAUUUAAUGAAAGUAGUAGUACAGAAAUAGCAUUGUCAGCAGAGGAGUCCUUCACAGUUAACUACUUUCUCUUUAUAGUUGAUCAAGCUCAUUCAUCUAUUGAGUUUCGAUUUGCACAAUUUAAAAAAUAUCAAGAAAUAUUUGGCUUUCUAUUCAAUGUGGAGAGGUUACAAUGUUCUGAUGAUGAAAGCUUGUUGAGGUCUUGCAAGAAUCUUGAAAGUUCUCUUGCACAUAAUGGUUGUUCUGACGUUAAUGGAGAUGAUUUGUUUUCAGAGUUAACAUUUUUAAAGUGCUCUUUACCAGAGGAAUCAAAAUCAGCUAUUGAUGUAUUAGAUUAUUUGAAAAAGAUGGAUGGUUGUUUUCCAAAUGCUCAUGUUGCUUACAAAAUCUUGCUGACAAUACCAGUUACAGUAGCAAGUGCAGAAAGAAGUUUCUCAAAGUUGAAGCUUAUUAAAACUUUUCUUCGAUCGACCAUGUCACAAGAAAGAUUGAAUGGGCUAGCUAUGUUAUCAAUUGAAAAAGAAAUUAUUGAACAACUUGAUUAUACAGACUUGAUUAAUAUUUUUGCCGCCAAAACUGUAAGGCGAGUUGUCUUUAACUGA